AGAUGGGCUUGCCUUGGGCCGAGGCCGCAGGCCUUCCCGGCAUCCGGUCAUCCUGCCCAUCGCGUGGCUAAACACUCCGGAGUCUUCGCUCUUCCCUCUGCAGCCGGCUCAUACUGAAACUAGUUUUUAAUUCUCUGAACGUCAGCUCCCAGCAUCCAGGUGCGAGUUGAGGGGGCAGCCGGCCCGAGGGGAAAGAUUUCCCAUGGAUAUUCUCACUUCUGAAGACACGUUCAAGGACUCAAAGAAAGCCUCAGCACCCAGCCAGGAGCCGAAGACACCAUCAGGCAAAAAGCAGAAGUGUCCACACCCUCCCCUGUCCCAGUCGUGGAAGCACGAUCACCAGCAGAGCCUGGAGGCAGCCUACAUACCAGUGGUGGUAGACCCGAAGGGGCAGAGCCUGGACAAGCUCAGGUUCAAGUUCUACACCUCCCAGUACUCCAACUCCCUGAACCCCUUCUACACCCUGCAGAAGCCUACCUGUGGCUACCUGUACAAGAGGGACACCGACCACACCCGCAAGCGCUUUGACGUGCCUCCUGCCAACCUGGUCUUGUGGCACUCCUAGGCCCCUCCCCGUCGGAAGACCCCACCUGCGCCCUCCCCCUACAAUCCUGGGUCCCUGAGGGGAGGGGCUGCUUGUUCCAGGAGGAGCGGACCAUGCCUGGGCUGAGACAGCUGUGCCGUGCCCAGUGGCAAAGGGAGGUCUCUGUUCUCAGCAGGAAUUAAAGUCUGUCCUUCCUUUCC